CGUGAUUUUGCGCUUUUUUCCAACGCUCAUUCAUCCUCACUCGUUGUUUCUCGAAGCAGCUUCGUCUGUUUGCUUGCCUCGUUUUGGGUAAGUACGAUCUCAGACGACGACUGCUUUCAAAAUCAGGGCUAUUUGAACUUCCAUCGGGAACACCAGACAACUUAAUUAGAGAUCAACAUUUCAUAGUCAUUUCUCUGCCAUCAUGAAGUCCUCUGGAGUCGCUUCAAUCGCUGCGGCUGCGCUCAGCGGGGCUCUCUUUGCUAUGUCAGUUACAGCUGAUCUCCCUCCAAUCGUCAUCAAGGGGUCCCAUUUCUUUUUCGAAAACGGCACCGAGUUCUUCAUUCGGGGGGUCGCAUAUCAACAAGAUGUCAACUCGAACGGCUCGACUUCUACGACGGGCUCAUUCACAGACCCUCUGGCAGACUCAGCCGGAUGUUCCCGGGAUAUUCCACUUCUUAAAGAAUUAGGAACCAACACAAUCCGUGUAUAUGCCAUAAAUGCUUCUCUCGACCACUCUGCAUGCAUGCAAAUGCUGCAAGACGCUGGUAUCUACCUUAUUCAAGAUCUCUCGAACCCUUCUUCCUCGAUCAACCGAAACGACCCAACAUGGACCACAGAGUUAUUUGCCGAUUAUGCUGCGGUCGUUGACGCGAUGGCUAAUUACACCAACGUUCUGGGUUUCUUUGCUGGGAACGAAGUGUCGAACGACGUCAGCAAUACCAAUGCCAGUGCUUUCGUCAAGGCUGCCGUCCGAGACAUGAAAUCAUAUAUCAAAACCAAGGGUUACAGGACCAUCGGUGUAGGAUAUGCUACCAACGACAAUGCUGAUAUUCGUAUUGAUCUAGCACACUACUUCAACUGUGGUGAUGCAGCCGAUGCAAUCGAUUUCUGGGGUUACAACAUCUAUUCGUGGUGUGGUGACUCUUCCUACACGGUAUCAGGUUAUGACCAGAGAACCGCGGAAUUUGCCAACUACUCUGUGCCCGCUUUCUUCGCUGAGUACGGCUGCAACACUGUGCAACCCCGACAAUUCACAGAGGUCCAGGCAAUCUACGGUAAAAAUAUGACUGGAGUAUGGUCUGGUGGGAUUGUAUACAUGUACUUCCAGGAAACGAACGACUUCGGCCUUGUCUCGGUUUCUGGAGAUACGGUUACCAAGUUGGCAGAUUUCACCGCUUUAUCAAAGCAGUUGGCCCUGGCUACCCCAAGCUCGACAAAUUCUGCCAAUUACGUAGUCACCAAUACUGUUGCCCAGGCCUGUCCAGCAACUGGCACCGAUUGGGCUGCUGCCAGCGCUCUUCCUCCUAUUGCCAAUGCCGACGUCUGCACUUGCAUGGUGACUUCGCUCUCUUGUGUAGCAGAGACUGGCUUGUCGGAUAACACAACUGCCUCUUUAUUUUCCACCGUCUGUGGCCUUGACAAGACCGCGUGCGCAGGUAUCAACACAAAUGGAACCACCGGAGUGUACGGCGCCUACUCCAUGUGCAAUUCCUACCAAAAGCUUUCCUUCUCCCUCGACCAAUACUACAAGAAUCAGAACAAGGCAUCAACAGCAUGCAAUUUCAACGGACAGGCCAAGACUCAGAGCGGAUCAACAAGCAGCUCCUGCUCAAGCCUUCUCAACCAGGCAGGGAGCGCAGGAACAGGAACCGUCACCACCGCCCCAACAGGCACAGGCGCCAGCAGCUCCUCGGGCACAUCAACAAAGAAGAGCGCAGCAGGCGCCGUCAUCAUCCCUCGACUCGACAUGGGCCUCUUACAACUCGGCGCGUACCUCUUCGCAGCUGGUAUCGUAGGUGGAGGCAUGAUUUUGUUGUAAACACAGAGUGGUUGGGUUCUUGUGUUUUAUUGUAUUAUCUGCAUCAGGCGUCGUUGACAUGACUCUCUUGGAUGGAUGAGCGGUCAUUCGGCGUGUACAUAGACUCGCAUUUGAGAGAAUCAUUAUAGCCCGUUUCCUUGAAUGUUCUACUUUGCUCUCAUAAAUACAAUCCUUAAUCGUGAUCGGUAAAGAUAUGGAAUAAACGUUGUUUGAAUGGUGAUCGAGAUUUGGAUAGAGUUCCGGGCCGCACCUUGUAACGCAUAAUGGCUUGGCUUAUAUGAGACGAACGCAUGUUACAGA